AUGCUGCUGGCGAGGCCUGCUCUGUUGCCACCGCUGCUGCUGCUGCUGCUGCUGCUGCUGCCCGGGCUCUCGCUGGCCGGCCCUGGGGAGACCGAGCUGCCGCCCGCGCAGCAGGCCAACACCACCGGCUGUUUCCCAGUGCAGGUGCGGCGCGCCGCGCAGCUGCCCAUGCUGCACGCCUACGGGCACCUGGUGGCCGUCUUCGCCGACACCGGAGACACCUUCUCCGCGGACGCUGCCUCUGAAGAGUUUGUGCUGGUAGCUGCGCGACUGCGCGUCGCCUGUCCUCGGAAGCCGGUGCAGCUGCGCAUGCUGCUGUGUGCACGCAGUGACCCGACCGGGCUGCCGUGCUCGCGGCACCUGCUGCGCUCUGACCGGCGGCGGCGGCGCGGCCUGCGGCGUCGGCGCCGGAGGGGCGGCAGGCCCCCGCGGCGGCCGCAGACGCCCCUCAGCGUCACCGUGGCGCCGUGUCAGGGCAUGACCAGCGUGGAGGCGUCGGCGCUGGUGCUGCGCUGGCUGCACGCCGUCGAGCCGUGGCAGAGGCGCGGCCGCCACCUGGCCGUGGCGCUGAGCGGCGGCGAGCAGCUGGCGGAGCACGGGGGCACCAUCCACCUGGAGAUCGACUACGAGAUGAACGACGCCUGCACAGUGGACACACUAAGCUGCUCCGGCACGGCCUGCAGCCGGCAGCCAUCCUGCAAACUCAGUCCAAAGUGCGUCGGCGAGUGCGGUCUGCUGUGCACGUUCGAGGACGAUACGCCGUGCGUGUGGCGAUGGAACAGCACUCUGCUCAGGGUGACCGGACGCCAGGCGGAGGAGAUGGUCACCUCACGGCCCGCCGGACAGAUGACGGCCACUCUGCGAGACGCCGAUAACCGCCGGGACGGUCACUAUCUGCUCAUGAGCAGCCACCGGAACGUGACGCAGGCGCAGAUCUGGUCGCCCUGGUACGAGGAGUCCGGCGAAGACUGCCGGAUAGAGAUGGACAUCUGUUCCCACACCCUGAGGCGCACCAAGAUCGCCAUAGUCAUCAACAAGGAGCACGGCGAUCCGGUCUACAUGUCCUGGCACCCCAAACACACAUCCGGAGAGUGGAACAAGUUUACAGAGAAAAUAAGUAAAAUCAGGGAACGUUUUCAUUUGAUCAUUGAGAUGAAAGACCUCGGCGGCAAGACUCCAAAUCACAUCGGGAUCGACAACAUUCUUCUCAAGGACUGUAUGAGAGAAACGCAGCCGACGCAGCAGCCGUGCGACUUUUUCCAGUGCUACAACAACAAGUGUCUGAGCGCCGACGACGUGUGCAACAUCAAGAGGGACUGCCACGACGGCGAGGACGAGUCCGAGGACCAGGGAUGCGGCAAGACGCCGCCGGGAACACCGUGCGACUUUGAGUCGGGCCAGUGUGGCUGGAAACGGGGCCAGGGCGAGCUCGAGUGGAAAUACCGUUCGGGCCACGAGGCAGCAGCGUUUGGCAGGACCCCCACCUACGACCACACCGUGGGAAACGCCAGUGGCCAUUUUAUGCUGGCGGAGUUCAUCAGCGGCCUGUUCUCGGCUCACGGAGAGCUGGUGUCGCCUGCGUUUCCGCCAAUGCCUGCCUUCAACAGCGACCCACACUCACCCUACUACAAGUCGUGUAAGUUCCGUUUCUCCAUCCACAUGACGGAGGAGCACUCUGGGGCGGCUUCCGUCUACAUCCUCGACUCGCACAACCGGCAGGAGGUGUGGCGCUUCUACGGCAGGAUGAAGACCAGCGAGUGGUCGCAGGAGGUGGUCGUCCUGCCGACCAGCUUCAACGACAGCUAUUACCUGGUCAUUGGAGCGGCAAAAAGUCUCUCCAGCAAGGCCUCAAUCGGGAUUGACGAUUUAUCGUUGAGCAGAGAGUGCUUCGCCCAAGGCGUCCCAGACCGGUAUCGUCACCAGUACAAAUACAAUCUGAGCAAUCCAGACACCUGGCUUCCGAAGACUCCAGCCCUUCCAGAACCGAAUGGCACAGUGUUCUCAUUCGGUACCUGCGGCGCCUCCGGUCGCGAUGGACCGCAGCAGCGCGAGUGUAACGCCGCUUACAAGAACCGCACGGCGUCACACGUCAGCGUGCUGGACGCUCCCACCUACAAGGGAGUGCAGGUGUGGCGAGUCCCAGCCACCGGCAUCUACUCGCUGGUGGCUCGCGGCGCCAGCGGAGGCCAGGGGUUCGAUACCUCGAGCCGGGUCAGCCUGGGCUCCACGGCCGUUUCUGUGGUGUCGCUCACGGAGGGAGAGGAGGUCUACAUGGUGGUCGGCCAGGAGGGCACCGGGCCCUGCAACAAGGACAGCCAGGACAACUUGAACCGGACGCUGGAGCGGUGUAAGCCCUCCACCCACCCCACCGACCUGAAGGUGCUGCACCCGCUGCACGGGUUCCGCUCCGCGGCCUCCGGCUACCACCGGCGCCGUGGCCGACGCUGGCUGGCCAGACGCGACGGCAGCAUUCUCCACAACCUGAAGUCGAUCACAUUCGUGGGCGGCGGCGGCGGCGGGGGUGGAGGAACGUUCGUCUUUCUGGUGAGGAACAGUCAGCGCGUGCCUCUGGUAGUGGCCGCCGGUGGCGGAGGCCUCUCCGACAAGAAGGGCGUGAUGCACUCCCCUGAUGGUCGUGGCGAGAACCACACCCUGGGCAGCGGCAACGGUCGCUUCUCCGAUCCGGAGGCCGCCGGUGCCGGCGGCGGCUGGAACGACUCAGAGCCGGUCGGCGCUGGCGGAUGGCCCCUGUCGCUGGGGGCGCGGGGUGGCGAGCCCUGCGCCACGGCUGCCGACUGGAGCACUUUUGGCGGCUUCGGCGGCGGCGGUGGCGGCUGUAGAGGCGGCGGCGGUGGAGGCGGAUACGCAGGAGGAGACACGAUCGAUGGUGUGGACAAGAGUGGUCGUGGCGGCACCAGUUACACAUCUGGACUGUACCGUGUCGUAGAUCCGGCCAGUCACAUCGGCCCAGGGGAGGUGCACAUCAUACCGGCCUUCAAGGGCUGUCAGUGCGAGCACCUGUGUGUGGCCAUCAACAGCCAGAUGAGUUCGGUGCGCUGCAUCUGCAGGGACAACUGGACGCUGAUGGAUGACAAACGCUCCUGCCAAGGUCCGCCGGGACUGCCACACCGACAGCAGUGGUCCAACACGUCACGAAUCCUAUUCGUGGCUCUGGCCGCCGUGUUCCUGGCCGUCGUCGGGAGCCUGGCCGGCUGCUAUUACAACGUGUAUCAGCGUAAGAAGGUGAUGGGCCGGCGUCGUGACCUGGCCAGCGGCGGUCUGCAGUUGAACCGACUCCGCGGCUCGGCAGGAGAUAUUCUCACAGAGUACAACCCCAACUAUGAGUUCGGCGGCGCGCUGCCCUGCACCAAGGACCUGCGCGAGAUACCGCGACAGAACCUCACGCUAGUAAAGGAGCUCGGUAAAGGGGCGUUCGGACAGGUGUAUCAGGGCUACCUGAAGAACUACGUCAGUGACUCCGUGGAGAUGCCCUGUGCGGUCAAGACACUAGCCGAGCUGUCCUCGGAGCAGGCGGAGAUGGACUUUCUGAUGGAGGCGAUGAUCAUGUCCAAGUUCGUGCACCCCAACAUCGUCCACUUUAUCGGCGUCAGCUUCGAGCGACACCCGCGCUUCAUAGUUUUGGAGCUCCUCUCUGGCGGCGACCUGAAGAGUUUUCUGCGAGAGAGCCGUCCCACACCGGAGCGGCCGCCGAAUCUAAAAAUACAUGAUCUCCUUACCUGUGCCAUCGAUGUGGCAAAAGGGUGCGAGUAUCUGGAGAACAAACGCUUCAUCCAUCGAGAUAUCGCCGCUCGGAAUUGCCUGCUGACCACCAAAGGCCCUGGAAGAGUGGUGAAGAUCGCGGACUUCGGCAUGUCGAGAGACAUCUACCGGGCCGACUACUACCGUAAGGGCGGCAGGACCAUGAUCCCGGUGAAGUGGAUGCCGCCCGAAGCCUUCCUGGACGGCGUCUUCACCACCAAGACCGACGUCUGGUCGUUUGGAGUGCUGCUUUGGGAGGUGAUGACGCUCGGCCAGCUGCCGUACCCGGGCCGCGGGAAUACAGAGGUGAUGCAGCUGGUCAUGGACGGUGGUCGGCUCGAUUCGCCCUCCAACUGCCCCGCUCCCGUGUACGGCGUUAUGUGCCAGUGCUGGCAGCGUGUGCCGGAGGAGCGGCCCACCUUUGCCACCGUCCUCGAGCGGCUCGACUACUGCCUCCAGGACCCGGACGUGAUGGCCGCGCCGCUGCCCGUGUUCGAUCGAGUCGGCUCCACGGACAAGGACAUGACGGUGAUGCGCCCGUCUGACUCCGAGCCUCUGGUGCCGCUGGACAGCCACAAGCGGCGCGGCGCCGACACGCCCGCCUCCUCGUCCUCUGCCGACUACCUGGUGCCCACGCAGCCCAGCAGCCACUCGCUCAACACGGUGCGCACCGACCUGGCCUCUGAGCCGAGCUGGGAGGACGUGCGCGGCUCGCCCACCGAGCGGCCGCUCGUCUCAGAAACCUCCUUCACGACGCCGGAGCGGAGCCGCGGCAGCGCGUCCUCGGGCGGCGGCGCGGCGGCCGGCUCCGCCAUGUCGGGCUCUCCGAGUGGACAGCCACUACUACAGCAGUCGCCCGACGAGCCGCCCGACUGGCCGCCGCCGGCCUCGACGAGGCAUCGACACCGACGCGGCUCGCCGGCCGAGCGGGCUGCGCUGCUGGACCCGCUGCCGCCGGCGCCACCUCCCCCGCCGCCGCCAUCAUCGUCCGCCGCUGCGGCGCCCUCCUCCGACCCCCGGCGCAAGGCCAAGUGGGCCCGGAAACCGAGUCCGCUGAAGCUGGAUCCGGGCGGACUACCGCCAAGCUCCGGCGGCGCCACGGCCCGCCCGCCUCCGCCCUACAUGAAUGUGGGCGCAGAGGGCGGUCUGGCAGCGGUGGCCAUGCCACGGACUAGCUCAUACGACAAGGCACUGGGCAGGACGGAGCCCUGUAUAAUCGGCAUCUCCACACCCAAAGCGGACGCCGAGAAAAAUCCAAACUACAGUGAGAUCCACUGCUAGUGGGGCCGGGGCGAGAUGUGUGUGAUGUGUUUGUGGGACGUGGGACGUUGGACGUGUUCGUGGCAUGGUCAGGUCGACCGGGUGCUAUCAAACAACUCGUGAAAAGUGUGAGCCGGCCGCGGACCCGCCGUCUUAUGCGUGGUUCACACCGGAUCCGUAAUGACCGUUACGUUCCGUAAUGAAUACGGUGGCGAUUAAAAAAUAUCUCGAAAGUGGAGGGCACAAUCCAACGCGCAUGCGUAGUUCGAUUUUUUGACGCCGUAACGCCGUAAUGGUUACGGAUUCGGUGUGCACCGGGAAUUGCCAUCGCUGAGCGUCACCGUUCGAAUCAAGUGCGCCAAAACUCUAUUUUGUUUAUAGGCAAGCGGAAAAUGGACUUAAGUCAAGAGCUGCUUUUGAUAUCAGAGCGCCAGAAUGUAGACUUGUUUUACUCUCUUCCUUUUAAUUUGUUAGUUUCACUCUGACAUAGCGGUCUACAAUUGUAUCGAGUCAUAACAUUGUUAAUUAAACGCCGGUGGGCAGAACACUCAACACUGGACGGAGAUUCUUGCAUUAUUUCUUGUAUUACAAGAGGGCAUGUCUAUGCCCGUCAACGCUGAAAUUUAUUUCUUACAUUCUUUGCUAUUCGUGGGUGAUAUGAAAACCAACGGACGCCAGAAUCUGUAUUGUAUACCAAUUGCUCGAUUGGCUUGCCAAGAGUCAAUGUGGAUUCAAACAUCUUCAAAUAUCUACAAGUCGAAGUAUCAAAUUUAGCAAGUAGCGGGGGCGAUAUGGCCGGUGAAGUUUACUCAGAACUCCAUGAAACUCAGAACUCAGAACUCCAUAUACAAGAUACCUACAAAGUAAGCCGUGAGCGUUACACGCUGAUGGCAUGCUCACAAGAAAUAAUAAUUAUUGGCAGGUUGAUUCGAGCUAAGGUAAAAGGCCAAAGGGUCCGCACGUGCGCACGAGCAGACCGCUGCCCUCGUCAACAUUUGGAAGCUUCAUAACUGCUCGGCGAUACCUUGGCUUAUUCUACCAAAGAAUCAGAUGCAAUUCCAAGCAAUCGGAACAUGUCAUUAAAAAGGGUAAGCACGCGCACGUGUGCAGACCAAUACGCUCGCUGACCUGUGUAGUCUACUAAUAUGCAUGGUCUUAUUCAGCAUACUUAAUAUAAACUCUGUCGGCCCACCCAAUCUGCGGUUAUGGAAAAAGGGUGCGCACGUGCGCACGUGCUAGCCAAUACCCUCGCUGACCAGUACAAUCUGCAGGUCAGCAUGGUGUCAUUCGGCAUACAAAAUAUGAGCGUUAUCGGCCCAGCGGAUCCCCAGAUAUGGAGAAGGGGUACGCACGUGCGCACGUGCAAAUCAAUGUCUUUGCCAGCCCGUGCAAUAUGCUCAUAAACAUGGUGUUAUUCAGCAUACAAAAUAUGAGCGCUAUCGGCUCAGCCGAUCCACAGAUAUGAAAAAGGGGUACGCACGUGCGCACGUGCAAAUCAAUGUCUUUGCCAGCCCGUGCAAUAUGCUUAAAAACAUAGUGCUUUUCACCAUACUUAAUAUGAGCGCUAUCGGACCAGCCGAUCCCCACAUACUAAAAAGGGGUACGCACGUGCGCACGUGCAUAGGUACUUAUGUCUUUGCCAACCUGUGCAAUAUUCAUAUUUAGAUGGUGUCGUCUAGCAUACAAAAUAUGAGCGCUAUCGGCCCAGCAGAUCCCGAGAUAUUAAAAAGGGGUGUGCACGUGCGCACGCGCUGAAGGAAUUCAAAACCGUUCAAAGGUCACCGGAUGUGUAGUGUGCACCCAGCACAAACAAAUUUUGAGCUGUAUCGCUUCAGCCGUUCCCGAGUUAUGAAAUGACGAGCUCUUCUGGAACCUCUCACGUCGCACGUGGCACGCGCUGUAACAAGCACUCAUGAGUUUUAUGAAUAGCACAGUUCCAUGAAGAAAGGAUGCAUCCCCUCUCCAAAGAAGACCGCUCAUCAAACAGUCAAACCGUUUUGGAGAUACAUGCCAACAAAAGUCAUUACGGCGGCCGGUCGGGCCGAAAAGUUCAAUUUUCCCAACUUCUGUUACGUUCCGUAACGAGUACGAUGGACGCUGCCAGUUUACGGCGGCUGGUUGCCACAUUUCAACUUCGUCUAGAAAAGUCGCAAUGCUUGGGGAAUCUUGAGAAAUGUCUAGCUCAUUACGGCCGUAACGGUUACGGCGUCAUUACGGAUCCGGUGUGAACCACGCAUUACUGUGGAAACGGUGCUGUCUAUUUUGAUGCUUAGCGGGCGGUGUGCUUCAGUGGUUGGUGUGUCGGGAUACCUCAAUAUGUGAUGUGUUGAACGCUCGCUGCCGUGGCUGGCAGGUCUGGAGUUAUGCGACACAGCGGUGCGUGUCUGUGUAUGUCUGGCUGUUACGUUGGUUUUGCAUAGACCCACUGGCAUUGCAGGGCGUGGCUCAUGGACAAUUGGAACGUCGGAUUUAAUGCCGGAUUGUGCAGCUCAGUUAUCGGUAUUGCGCUUAGAUUGCCGUGAGUUUAGUUAUUUUCAUGCAGGGUAUUCGUAAUGCCUAGUCGUAAUCUGUUGAUAUGCAGGGUUAAGAGCUUGAAUCCUUAGACAUGUACGAGUACUUCUACGUCAUUUUGCGUUGCCUGCUUACCUGUACCUAAACUGCGGCAGAUACGUCGAUCGGUUUCUCAACCAGCGCCUAUGGGCUCCGUGAAGGUGGCAAGACUCGAGCCAGCCCAGCUGCAGCCCCCGUGAACCCCUCAACAUCGAUCGGAGCCCUCUGAAUUCCAUCACCCCCGUCGCGCCUCACCGGCUCUAGAUUUCUGUCGAAGGAUGACGAAACAAUCCGACCGUCCCAACUCUAAGGUCAUUCAGUGACCCUCAGUUUUGGGCGCGCUCCAAGAUGUCGAAUGCAAUCAGAAGGGGGCCAGCCAACACGAAACGGCUACUUGUCGUCGCAGGUGGUGAUUCACAAUGCUUUGUAUCCCAUAAACAGAUGAUAGAUGCUGUUUUCGGGGGGCGGCUACACCCUGCCAGUGAAGUACUGAUGUCCUUGCUCAACAUUAACCCUUUUACUGACCCUAACUAGGCCAUUAAUUAAACAUUUUGAAUUUAAAUUGCUCCAGAAAACAACACAAAUGAUUACCAAUCAACUUUAUCAUCUUGCUUUCUCCCUAUAUUUUUGCCCACUUUCUGAUUUGCCCCAGCCCGGCUCGGAUGUGUGGCAUCGGUCGGCAGUGGCGGUGGCCGCUGCUCGUACCACCGUGUCGAGAUGAUUCGGCGCAUCUGAAGCCCGGUGUCGUGCCGGGCGCAGCGACCAUCGUCCCGAGCAGGCCACCGCCCGCUGUGGAUCGCACGUAACGAGGCUCACCUGACGAUCCUGUAGAUCCAACGGAGAUCCAGGGCACAGCUCAGCACCGCACCAAUCAGAUCCAAGUGCGAGGAACUCUCUCGUCCUAACGAAGCCAGACGCGCUGUUCGGUUGGUUGAUUUUUCGGUUCCCUACAUACGAGUUGAGCCUGAUGCAAAAACAUCCAGCCUCCAUCCUGGCCCUAUCCGAUGCUUAGCCGCACUCUUAUCUGUCUGAUAUCCUGAUGUGUUGCGGAUCCGGGGUGCUCAAACACUGGCAGAUGAGGGGAUACCUAUGUGUCAGCGUAGCGGCGCUGGGUGUCUUUUUUCUGAUUUCGUUGGAUUGGACGGUGUGUCUCUCACUGGUGUGUGAUAUAUGUGCGUUAUUAAAAUCGCUGGUAUCACCGAGCUGGUGUGCUUUGGUUUAUUUGAGACUGGGUCCUUGUAUUUUUGUAUUUCUUGCCGAAUUAUAUCGUGAAACGUAAAAUGGAAACUCGUGUGGGUGGUGAGACAUGGUUCCAUACCGCGAAGUUCAAUAAGGAACAUGUUUACAACACGUUUUGUCGAAUGUGCUGAGACGUUAAAAGGGCGACAAUGAUAUUGCAGCUGAUAUUUUUUAUUCGAUCUAUAGGCAGACGAUGCUUCAUAAUUCUGCUUCCACGCAGGUGCAUCGAGAAUCAGUGAGUGCGGUACAAUUAUCGUCACACGACGUGAUUGCCUGUAAUUACGUUCAUGCACUGUAUUUUUGUCAUAUCGCUAGUGAGGUCGUAAAACGCUCUCACGGCAGCUUUGUUGAAAUGACAACCACUGGGCUCAACUGGUCAGGUGUUUGUGAACUGUGAGUUGACUGUGCAGUCUGUGUUUUGGGUGCUGUUGACCGCUUCGCCGCGCUGGCGAGCGGUGUACGGCGCAAUGAGUACGUGUAUCUGUGCCGGGUACUUGUACUGGUACUGAGUACGAACACGUGUACCGGGUGCGUGUACCUCGCCCGACGGUCUGGAUUUUGCGCCAAACGACGAGGCGGCUGUGAUUGCAGUUCUGUCUAGAUGGGUGUGAGUGUCUGCCCGAGCCGGACACCACUCAUGUGAAUACAUAGACUUGUAACGAAA